GUGGCAGGUGUGUGCAGAGGGGUCUUUUUUGUAACAUAUAAACCUGCCAUUUCAAAGGGGGGUGUGUGGACUUUUUUUUAUAUCCAGUGUCCCAAUAACGAUAUGCUGAUUUGGAUUCUUUCUCUCGGAUUUUUUUUUUUUUUUUUACUGUCUGGUUGCGAAAACCAUUUGUUAUGUGCACGCGCGUGCGUCGAGGCCCUCAGGUGAGUGCAGUGCAUAAACCAUUAAUGGUCAGGACGUCCCAGCCAAUCACAAUCCAGAGGAUCCUCAUCCUCAAGUCCGAUAAAGGUCGGCAGCGGCGUCUUUUCGACUCAGGUUUGGUCGAGAGCUCCAACAGAACCGGAUCGGCCGCCACUUGUCCACUACAGUCGCAGACGGAACCCUCCCUGGAAGCUAAGAUGAAAAAGUUCGGCCCAGCGUUGCGCGUUCUCUGGGCCCUGACAAGUUGGUGUGCGCUCGGUUGCGCUUCGGCGUGUCCCGCCGUGGAGGAGGCGUUCGGAGCCGUGGCCGGCUUGCUGCUCCCCGACCAGCAGCGCCAGCAUCUGGGAGAAGGCUCGCUCGUCACUCUCUUUAAUACACUGGAGAACCGUGUGCAGUGUGGAGAAGUGCCGUGUGGAAAGUGCAACCUAACAGAUUCCGUCCACCAGCUGAUAAACAAUCACAGCGACCACCGCCGGGGUAGCGACGAAGAACAACACGGUGUGGACGUGUCGGGAUUUACUACCCUCGCCGCUGGCUGCGUCCUGUACCUGUCCUCUCCCGACACGAUGUGCACGGCGGCGGCCCAGGGGAGGUGGGGGCAGGAGGUAGAACACUUCCUGGAUGGAAUCGCAAGCGGGAAUUCCCAUGAACAUCACCAUGAGGAGGAGGAAGCGGAGGAGGGCGACCCAUGCCACGGGCGUGAACAUCGGCACGUGGGCCUCCAUGGUUUAGAAAGUGCGCUCAGCGAACUUCUUAAACACUAUGAGUCAUCAGGCAAUGAGAGCUGCGUCACAGCAAGCGACAUCAUGUUGGAGGUCGGCGCCCCAUCAGCGGAGCAAACCCAGGCGGCGGGCGCAGUUCUGGGUCGGGUCCUGUACCACGCCCUGCGAGGUCGAUGCUUUCGAUCGCUCCCUGAGGAGAGCUUCUUCCUGGAUUACAUCAUGCACCAACUGGGCUCUGAGAAUAUCACCAUCAAAGAUCUGGAGGCUCUCAUGAAGUCUCUGGACGUGGGACCCAGCUUGGAGUCGAGCCAUGGAAACGAGGAGGACGAACACGCGCAUCAUGAUCACGAUCAUGACAGCCGACACCGACACCUGGAAGCAAACAGCACCUGGGAGGAGCACUGUUUUGCUGCACACGAAUUGGUGCUGAUCCACGGCGUGGGAGGGACCUCCCCCACCUUGGGUCGCUCGGACCUGGCCCGGCUUAGCCCGGCUCUGAUCCAGCAGAUCCUGAGCGGGGCCUGCUCCGGCUCAAGCCCGGCGAAACCAGACAAGCUCAGCAAAACGGAGAGUAAGCGCUCUGCGGCUAAUAAUCUGAGAAGUUAUCGUUCACACAGAGACAUAAAAGAGAUGUGUCGUGGUUUAGGGUACCUCUACGCAACGCUGGCCAACGUGGUCAUCACGCUAAUGUCCAUGGUCGGCAUCCUGCUGCUGCUGUGCACGUCGUGCACCAGCGUCUUCCAGCUGUGCAUCCAGUUCUGCGUCAGCCUGGCCGUGGGCUCGCUGUCGGGGGACGCCUUGCUGCACCUGCUGCCCAUGUUUCUGGGCCUGCACGUGCACUCGGACGAAGCCGGCGGCAGCGGGCUGACGCACCACUACCAUGGGCAUCAAGAGCCAGGGGUCUCGGACUACGUGUACAAGAUGCUGGUGGUAAUGGCGGGCAUCUACUACUUCUACCUGAUGGAGACGAUCUUCAACAUCAUCACGCACAGGCAUCGCCCUCAAGCGGACAAGGACAAAUCCGAGGAUCGCCACUGCGACCACGGUCACGUUCUCGAGAUGUAUCAACAGGAAAAGAAACAGAAAUACGAAUUGCGCUCCACUUCCAAAGUUGACCUGGUAAAAGAGGAGGAGGAGCAUGAUAGUGAUAUUCCCAGCUCUAGAGGGAGGACAAGAGAACAACGGCUGCUGCCUUUCAUGAUCACCUUAGGGGACGGCAUCCACAACUUCGCCGACGGCCUGGCGAUGGGCGCCGCCUUCUCGCUCUCGUGGAAAUCCGGACUGGCCACGUCGUUGGCCGUCUUCUGCCACGAGCUGCCGCACGAGCUAGGCGAUUUUGCCAUCCUGCUGCACAGCGGCCUGUCGGUGCGCCAGGCGCUGCUGCUGAACCUCGCCACCGCCAUGACGUCCUUCAUGGGCCUCUACAUCGGCCUGGGCGUAGCCACAGACCUGGCCACCACGCAGUGGAUCGCCGCCCUCACGGCGGGCCUCUUCCUCUACGUGGGCUUGGCCGACAUGUUGCCCACCAUGAUCCACAUCGACUCGAAGAGGCCGUGGCUGAUGUUCGCCCUGCAGAACGUCGGCCUGCUGAGCGGCUGGGGCAUCCUCCUGCUGCUGUCACUCUUCGAGGAGAGCAUCAGCUUCUAGCAGCCUUGACC